CUUGCCACGAUUUUGACCAUUCCCCUAACAAAACAAUAUUGUUUACAUUCUCAGAUAAUUUAUUUGUAAAAAUGUCAUCAGUUAAUGACACAGACGAUAAAGGAUUAGAAGAUCCUAUUAGAUGCAUAUUUUUUUCAGAAUUUCAUCAUAUAGUGGGUCCAAAAAUUACUUGUCAGGUACCAGAUAAUUUUAUUUCAAAGGAUAUCUUUGAUAAUGUCAGUGUUUACAUUAUACCAAAGGCACAAUUACAACGUAGCACUAUAACAGUAACAUUGAAGGAUUGUAAGAUUUUAGGAUUUCCUGUAAAAAUUGACGAUAAGAAAUAUGCAAGAAAUGCAUUCUAUUUUAAUCUGUGCUUUGUCUGCGAUGCAGAAGCACGUACUGUGCAUUAUGAACCUGUUGUUAGGAAAAUGUCAGAUUUCCUAAUGGCCCUUGAAAUAGAAAAUUGUUUCUUAUCAAAAUCUGAUGACAAGACAAGGUUAGCAGAAAUGUUGCAGCAAGUAAUGCAAGACUUAAACUUGCACAAGAUGUGCACAUUAACAGAGGGGACAAUGACAUCCCACUUGAAAGUCAUAAAAUUAGCACCUGAGCCAAAACCAGUUCUUGAUCAUCAGGUACCCAUAUUUUUGGAGGGCCGUGAAGCAUUUCAAAGCGAUCAAUGGGAUCUGACUACUCAACAAGUAUUGCCUUAUAUAGAUGGGUUCAAUCAUGUUGCACGAAUAGCAGCUGAGGCAGAUGUGGAAAACAACCUGGUUAAAAGCUGUGUGCAAAACCUUGUUUAUUACGGCGUUGUAACAUUGAUUCCGAUAUUUCAAUACAGUAAUGUUUAUGCUGCAACUCCUAAAUUAAAAGAGCUAGCUGAAAAUACAAAGUUACAAGGACGAUGUAUCGCGUAUGCUUCGAAAUUUCCUAGACAACCCGCGUAUCUUAGAGACAUAUGUCGAAUGUACGCGAGUAUGACGCACGGCAGCAGCAUGAGAGACCUAUGUCAGCGACUCAAUCCGCAAAAUUUAAGAAUAAACGAGAGAAGACUGGUACAAUUCGGCCUUAUCGAAGGCCUCAUUCGUAGGGUAUACAAGUAUCCAAUAUAUCUGACGGGAUCUCCCUGUAACGAAGAGAUUAAGACUAACCCAAUUUAUAAGUACUUCACGGGAACGUACAGUCUCGACGAAAUUUGUUGUAGUACGAGUCAGUCGGCGGCACAAAUCGAAGACAUCGUUGAACGCGAUCCAAAUGUUGUUAUGUUAUGGAAGUAAAAUAAAAAAAAAAAAUGUUUCGUGGAUCUUUCCCUUCUUCGCUUUCGAUAAACGCGAAAUGGUUCUGUGUUACC